AUAAAGACUUUUGCCAAACCACACAAUUUUUGUUUUUAAUUUUAUUCCAGAGAACCUAUAGACAUGUCUUCAACAUCUGCUAAUCAAAGAUUACAACAACUUGGCAAAAUCUUAGAACCUGACUUGUCAGGCGCUGGUAUCUUGGCCAGCACUGAACACUCUCAUGACACCAUUUCCCAAUUAACACCAGAACAUCCAUACAAGAUCUGUGUUAUUGGUGGUGGUAGUUGGGGGACAACCAUAACUAAAAUCAUUGCUGAGAAUUGUCUUGCCAGACCCCGUCUUUUCCGCCACCAUGUCAAUAUGUGGGUUUUCGAAGAAAAGAUCAAUGGGGAAAACUUAACGGAAAUCAUAAAUUCCAGACGGGAAAAUGUUAAAUACUUACCUGGGGUUAAAUUACCUAGAAAUAUCGUUGCUGUCCCAGAUCUUGUAAAGACUGUCAAGGAUGCUGACUUAAUUGUGUUUAAUUUCCCUCAUCAGCAUUUAUCAUCCAUUUUAAGUCAAUUGAAAGGUCAUGUGCCACCAACUGUGAGAGGAAUUUCCUGUUUGAAAGGGUUGGAAGUUAAUAAAGAUGGUUGUAAGUUAUUAUCGGAACAUAUUUCUGAUGAAUUGGGUAUUGUAUGUGGCGCCCUUUCUGGUGCAAACUUAGCUCCUGAAAUCGCCAGAGAAAAAUGGUCCGAAACAACCAUUGCUUAUAAUAUUCCUCAGGAUUACCGUGGUCCAGGAAGAGAUAUUGAUGAAGUUAUAUUGAAGGCAACUUUCCAUAGACCUUAUUUCCAUGUUAAUAUAAUUGACGAUGUCGCUGGUGUUUCUGUUGCUGGUGCCUUGAAGAACGUCGUUGCUCUUGCUGUCGGGUUUGUGGACGGAUUGGGAUGGGGUGAUAACGCCAAAUCAGCAAUUAUGAGAGUUGGAUUACUCGAAAUUAUUAAAUUCUCAGAAACCUUCUUCCCUAAAUCUCAACAAAGUACAUUCACAAGAGAAUCUGCUGGAGUGGCUGAUUUAAUUACAACUUGUUUGGGUGGUAGAAAUGUUAAGGUUGGUAGAUACAUGGCUGAAACUGGUGCUUCUGCUCAUGAUGCCGAACGUGCAUUAUUGAAUGGGCAAAGUUCUCAAGGAAUUGUCACCUGUAAGGAAGUGCAUGAGUUAUUGACUCAUGUUGGUAAAAUGGAAGAAUACCCAUUAUUUGCAGCAACAUACCAAAUCACAUUUGGAAGUGAGUCUAUUGAAAACUUGCCAAACUUAUUAAGCAAAAACUUGUAGUUUUUUUUUGUUUCCGUUUGCAUCAAUUUAACAUCUGUGUAUGUGGAAAUAGUUUAAUAGUAAUUGUCUUAUUAAUACAAAUAUAUAUAUCACAAAAAGCAGAUUUCUAAUAUAUUAAUUUUCAUGCUCCAUUAGUAGCAACUUUAGUACGUUUGGAAUCGGAACCUGAUUCAUCCGAAUCUCGACUUCUCUUCUUGUCGUGCUUUUGUCUAUAUUUUACUAAAAACUUUUCCAUAAAUGUCUUUGAAAAUUCCUUGAUUUUUUUCAAUUUGUGAUGGUCUAAUUCUUUUGGUGGAGAACUCUUUGGAUCAAUCUUGACUUCUUUAGAAGCUAAACUAUUAACUAAAUCUCGAGCACAUCCUUUAAGAUUAUCUCUUCCUAUUUCCUUUUCAUACUUCUUAAUGAGAUUUGGUACAUGUUUAGCAAGAACGUGUUUCCACUUAGCUUCCACAGAAACAUCAUCAUGCUUGUGACUUGAUUUGACUGUCUUUUGUUUCUUCUCUGGUUUUUGUUGUGAUUGUUGUUGUUCCUCUUGCUUCUUACGUUCAAGCUCACGACUUUGUUCGAUCAAUUCUUGUAAUUGACGUUCCUUCUCCUGUAGAGCCCGAUACUGUUCAUUCUUUAACAUUUGCAUUCUGCGCUCUUCACGCUCGGCCAAAUCAGCCUCCAGGAAUUUUGUAGGGGUACUUGAUCCACCGCGCUUGUAUCCUCCGGGACCAGUGGGUGGACGUGGACCAGUGGGUGGUUUAGGGCCACGGGGAACUGAAGAAACUGGACGAUCCCAACGUGAUAUUUGCAAUGCGCGAUGGUAAUAGUAGUUAUUCUUGGUGUUUGGAUCAUAAGCUACUUCCCAGCCAUCAGGCAAGGGUUCUUCACUAGGAGUAGGAUCUAACAGAGGAGAUUGUGGUGUUUCUUCUUCACGUUCUGGCGAUCGAGAUACUCGGGAAUAUGAAGGUGUCUCGUUUGGUUUUGCUUUAGGGAUACGGUAUGCCAUUUUUAAUUUUGACCAUUCGUGUAGUAAGUCAGACGCCAAGGAUUUUAUAGUUUCAUUGUCAUACUUGCGUUCAAUUUCCUUGAUAACCUCUUCAAUUUGCGAUGAAGAAAUCUUGUUUCGUGUGACUUUUGGCCAUUUGGAUAAGAUUUCAAGAAUCGUUUGAAUAAGCUUUUCAUCAGAGGUUUUCUCAAGAAUGUUGGAUAAUGUUUUGUAUCCAUGAAAUUUAAUAAUUAGCACAUUCAAACUUUUAUCAUCUGUCAAAUAUAUUCUUUGAAUUAAUGAUUCUAUAAUUAGUGCAUCUUGAGAUUUCAUCAAUGCUCCCAUCACUUUCGAAACAUCUGACUCUGUUAAUGGUGUGAUUUCCAAUUGUUUGAUAAACAUUUCAUUUAUCACUGCAUCAUCAGAUUGUUGUUGUCUUAAAUGCUUGUUUUCCUUUAACCACUGCUUUUCCUCUUUGGAACUAACACCAAGAGCAUCGGCAAUACCUUCCGGAAGUAAUAAUGCCGCAUCAGUUUGGGUCUUACCACCCAUGAACUUUAUACAAUUUGGUUCACCACAAUAACAUGGUUGAGACUGAGCUCCGUAUCUGUCUACAUUAUAGUC